AUGUCGCUCGGACGGCACCCGAGUGACCGGGCCGUCCGAAGCGGCGUGCCGGGAAUACAGGUACCGCAAGGAAUCUCUUACAGUUCCUGGGUGACGGUGAUCAUCGAGGUGCUGCACAGGCAAUCGUGGAGUCAGGUCUACCCGAAGGUGGAAAUGUACCGACGGCUUCCAGGCGUUCAGUACGUCUUCUCUGUGAAGAUGUCCGAGCAGCUCAGCUGCUGGUCGUACGAGCUCUACGAUGUUGGGGGUGGCGUUCCCCCUUUGCUGGACCAGGCUGCGCGUCACUCGUUCGACAUCAGAACAACGCAAGCUGAGGAUCUCAAUGUGGCUGAGUUGGAGUCGAGGCGCGUUCUGGGGCUUGCCCACGGAGAUCCGUUGUCACAAGACGUCCCUGAGACUGUUAGAAUCGACGUGCUCCAGCUCGCAAUGGACGUUUUCAACAGCGUGUGA